AACCUAGUUUGUUUGUCCAAAGAUAACUGUACGUCACAAAUUCUUGUUAUGACGUGAUUUUAUUUAGUUUGUGUGCUUAUCUAUUGUUGAGUGAGUAUUGCUGGUAUCUUGGAUCUGUGCUGUUCUAGAGAUAAGAGGGAAAACAAAAUGCGAGAGCUAUUGUCGCUGCCUGUUAGUCGAAUUUAUACUUUCGUUAGGUAGCAGUCGUUCCCAGGGAAUCGUAGGCCACCUACUCAUUUAUCAAUUUCUGUGCAAUUUUGUCUUCAGUUACGGUCGUGUUUUGAGUUUGUUUAAGUUGUGUCGAAUCUUCAAAGACAAUAUUAUCGGGAAUUCAGGCUAGCUCAGACUAGAGGCUGAGCCAACAUGAAUCUCUCGUUUGCGGGAUGUGGAUUCUUGGGAAUCUACCAUGUGGGAGUUGCUGUGUGUUUCAAAAAAUAUGCUCCUCAUCUACUUCUCAACAAAAUAUCGGGAGCUUCUGCUGGAGCAAUUGCUGCCUGUUGUCUACUUUGUGAUCUCCCAAUCGGUGAUAUCACCACUGAUGUCCUUAAUCUCAUCAGAGAGGCAAGAGCUCGAACUUUGGGCCCAUUCAGUCCCUCUUUCAAUGUGCAGGCUGUGCUAUUGGAAGGUUUGAAGAAAGUACUUCCAGAGGACGCCCACCUGAGGGUAAGCGGGAAGCUGCACAUUUCUCUCACGAGGGUCUAUGAUGGCAAGAAUGUCAUCGUUACACAGUUCAAUAGCAAAGAGGAUCUCCUACAGGCUCUACUAGCCAGCGCUUUCGUGCCGAUCUUCUCGGGCCUGAUUCCGCCCAAGUUCCACGGCGUGCGCUACAUUGACGGCGGCUUCAGCGACAACCUGCCCACCCUCGACGAGAACACCAUCACUGUGAGUCCGUUCUGCGGCGAGACCGACAUCUGCCCACGUGACUUCUCCUCACAGCUGUUCCAUGUCAAUGUGGCCAACACCAGCAUCGAGCUCAGCAAGCAGAACAUACAUCGGUUUGCUAGGAUAUUGUGGCCGCCUAAACCUGAGGUACUAUCGAAUAUGUGCAAACAAGGUUUUGACGAUGCCCUGAGGUUCCUCCACAGAAACAACCUCAUCAGUUGUACGAGGUGCCUUGCUGUCCAGUCAACUUUUGUUGUCUCGGAAAUUCUAGACGAGAGCUUCGAAUAUGACCCACAGUGUCAGGAGUGCAAACAGCACAGACAGGAAGCGCUGGUUGCCAACCUGCCAGACACUGUGUUGUCCCUAUUUCAGGACGCGAUCGACUCGGCCAACAAGGGCGUCAUCAACUGGAUAUUCAAGCACCGGGGCAUGAAGCUGCUCUCCAUCCUCACCCUACCCUACACACUUCCCAUCGACAUCAUCUACGCCAUCUUCAGAAAAUUCAUUGCACUGGCUCCUCACAUGGCAGACAGUUUGUGCAACAUGUGCCAGUUCCUAAUCGAGCAGAUCACACACAUGUUCAGGCACAUGAGCCAACGUAAGCAGUUAGUCUCAGGAAAUGUCUCCUGUCGACUCGCCCUUACCAACUACGGACAAGAACCAGCUAGUGCACCGGUCAGUGUAGCUAGCACCACCAUUCAGCCCGAAGCAGUCUCCGCCACCGACAAACCAAUUCAUCUCAAAAACAAAGUCAACUUCAAUUUCACUCUGGAUCUUGAAGAUAGCGAUCUAGACAAAUCUGGCAAAAUCUCAGCCAACAAACUGCUUUCGCGAAGAUCUAGCUACAGUCAACAGAAUCAACAACAGCAACAACCACAGACAAACACAACAACAACAACCAUCAACAACAAUAACAACAACAACACUACCACCACGAACACCAUAUCCAGUCAACCGCCGACAAAAGUCAACGACAGAUGCAUCAUGGGAGACGAUACCUUCGAGAACAUUUUGCAAGUCACCAGGCACCAUGAAGCUCUUAUGGCAUUCCAUUACAUGGAUGGUGAUAAGGUGAAAGUGACUGAAAUUUUCGAUGUGACUGAGGAGGAGGCAAAGUCCAUGCUGGAAAGUAGAGAGUUGGAAAUCGAGGAGGAGUCCACGUGUUGGCCUCAACCAACUGAACAAAAGACUCAAGAAGUAGAUGUACCUGUAAAUUGCUAUGAUGCUGAAGACGACCGAAGCCUCUCUGAUCAUUCAGAGUUUGAGUGCCAAGAGGCAGCCACCAUUUUCUCUGAUCCGGAAUCUGAAUGGCUGGUUUCUGUUGCUGAUAAUCCAUUCAGAGAGAACGCCAUGCCCACCACUGAUUACAUUGACUGUCGUCCCGAGUCUGAUCAGUAAUUAAUGUUAGGUUAGAUGCAUCAUAAACUUGAAUUCGAGUUAGGUUAUAUGCAACAUGAACCUGAAUUCCAAACUGAAUGCACCAAACCUGAAUUCAAGUGAUUUAAAGUAUGUCAUAAACAUGCAUUCAUGAUCGGCUAUGUAUGCUGUAAACCUUAAUUCAAGUUAGGUUAGUUAUGUUAUAGACCUGAAUUAAAGAGAGUUGAAGUAUGUCGUAAACCUGCAUUCAUGAUUGGUUGUGUAUGCUGUAAAUCUGAAUUCAUGUUGUGUUGUGUAUGCUACAAACCUGAAUUGUUGUGAGGUUUUGGUAAACCUAAAUUCAAAUGAGGUUAGGCAUGCUCUAAGCACGACUUCAUGCUGUGUUGUGUGUGCUAUAAACUGGAAUUUAUGUGAGGUUAGGUAAACUAUAAACCUGAAUUCAAGUAAGGUUGGGUAUUUUAUUAUCCUGUAUUCAAGUUAGGUUAGAUAUCUAAACCUGACUUCUUGUUGUGUUGUGCAUGCUAUAAACUUGAAUCCAUUUGAGGCUAGGUAGGUUUUAUGCCAUAUACCUGAAUUCAUGUAAGGUUAGGUAUUCUACUAUCCUGAAUUCAAGUUAGGUUAGGUAUCUGAACCUGACCUUAUUUUGUAUUGGUGGUAUGCUAUAAACCACAGUUACAUCCUCAACUGAAUUAAAGUAAGGUGCACCAUGAGCCCAACCUCAACUUUAUAGUGCCUCUCCACGUCCAAACAUCUGAGUCACAAAUUUAUAAUAAUAAUACAAGUGCCUUCUAUCAAGAACAAACUGAUCAGGUUGAAUACUGAUAGAGUUAAAUCAGGAGAGGAAUAAUUUAUUGAUGAGACUUGUAGAUGUGCUUUUGCUGAAAUCUCUCAAAAAUUAAACGUUCUCUAUCAAAUUCAUGUGCCUUGUAUAGAAAAUAUUACGAGUCCUAUAAUGCUUAAUGCCAAACCUUCAUGAACGCUGAAAAAGUGGGAUUAUUGAUCAAAAUUAAAGUUUUGCUUACAACUGAUGUCUCUCAAAUGCCAAUGUGUGCCCUUGUCAAUCUCAUUAUUGUGCCUUUCAUUGCAGAUUAUCUUUGACUGCACACUCCCUGUCAUAAAACUAGUAACUAACAAUUUCACCAUAUUAUUAGUAUACUUUCCACCUAAGUAUAAAACUUUCUCUUCCACUUUAUUCUUGAGUGUUGAGGAAAGUUGGAGGAAGAGGAACGUGAAUCAGUGCAUUGUUCCAACCUUCUGAUUAUGAAUUUUACAUAAUAUAUUAUAGAUGCUAUGCCAGCAUUGGGAUUUUACUACUUGGCUCAAGUCUUAUAAUUCUGACAGUCAACUAAUAUUUUAAAACGAUUUUAUUGAAUGAACGUGAUAUACAGAAUUUAGCAUUGUUUAAUCUGGUACUGAUAGAACACGACUCCACCCACCUUAAUAUCGACGAUUCUUUAUUCAAAUUCUAUUGGGUUCUCAAUUUCCACCAAUUCAAACAUAUUUUUACUUUUCUUGCCCUACCUUCUACAAUAGGAAAAGAAAGUAUUGCUUUUCAAAAAAAAAAAAUGAUUUACCCAAAUUUCAAGUUUUUUAUACGUUUUAAGUUCCCUGGGUCCAAAAACAUUAUUUUUCUUAUCCAAGUAAUUAGAGUGAACUUGUUAUAUGCUCUCAUGAUGAACGCUGGAGUCGAUUUUUCAAGCUACACUUCAAAUAUUUAAAUUACUUUGAACAAAACCAUCAAUAUUAAUAUCCCUUGUCUACUAUGCUGUGAAUUUUAAGCAAACGAAUGAUGUGUUUUCAUACUAACGGUAUACAUAGUGACUUAGCGGUCUCACUAGGCUGAGACUUGAAAGAUUUAUUAUUAUUAUAAAUGAUAAUUUAUUAUUGUUAUAUAUUAAGUGUUUUGUAUUGUAACGUGUGUUGUCUGCGCCAAAGAUAUGCUGUUAUUGUAAUUUAUUAUCAUUGAUACUUUUUAUAACGUAUGUCAAUGUUUAUUUUGAUAGUAUACUGUUGAAAUCUCUAGAGAAAUGUUUCGCUUAGCCUCAACUCACACUUACGCGACUCAGGUCGAGAAGAGACUCGACUCUAGUCGGGAGAAUGUGUUUUCAAAUGGUGACACUCAGACCAGUCGAUUCUAGUCCCCGCGACGUCACCAUUUGAAAACAUAUGCUCUCGUCUAGAGUCGAGUCUCUUCUCGACCUGAGUCGCGUAAGUGUGAGUAGAGCCUUAUUGGUGUUUCGUUCCUCACACAUAUCUUUCUAAGCUAGUUUUAUGCAACCUUAUUUAUUUGGUGAUAUAAAUUUGUGUAUGGUGGAGCACAUAAUAACUGAGGUUUAUUCAUUUUCACGAAUAUAAAGAGCAUUAUUGAAUUUUUUUUCACUUGUGUUCACUUUUCAUCUUUGUACAAGCUGUCUUGAUCAGUCUUGAUCUAGAUCUAUGAAGAGUAAGCCUCAGAAGCAUCAAGUUUGCAAGAUUCUAGAUCCCAAUUCUCUCAUUGAUAGAACUUACCCUCCUUCAUGAUUAUAGUGGAAACCUUACAUCUUCAAUUUUAUUGAAUUUCCUUGAUGCUAUCAUUUUUUGGAGAUUUAGUUGAAUCAACAGUUUCGUCAACGGUUUGAAGUUUUUACCAGCUUUGUGAUAAAACUUACUAUAUUGGAAGAUAACUUGGUUUAAAUAGAAGUCAAGGCGAAGGAGUUAUGAUGUUAAUUCUAACCGUGACACGCCAAAAAUCCAUCCGGUUGAGAACCGCUGUAGACGAUUCGAAAAAUAUCAUUUUUCCAAUGACUUAACCAUACAUAGCCACCUCUAAUACGAUAUAGCCACCUGUAUUAGAGGUGGCUAUGAUUGAACUCAUUCUAAUGACUAAAACUUCAUGACUUGAAUUCAUUCCAAUGACUGAAAGUUGAUGACUUGAACUUAUUUGAAUGAAUCAUCAGUUCAAGGUUCCUAGAAGUUAUACAAACAAUAAUUUCAUGAAUGGAUUCAACUCAAACCGUGACUUUGUAAUGAAAUAUAUUCUGUAAAUUUUUUGAGUCGCCCUACAUUUUUAAAUUUUAAUUUUGUCUGAAGGACACUGUGGAGAACACUAUCCUCCACGAUUUACUAUUCUAUAGUUUUGAUAAAUUCUGCUGAAGAUUUUAGU